UUUGAAUCAACACUCGGCCUCCGCAACUGACCUCAGCUCACAGAUCAUUUUCUCUCUUUUUUUCUCUCAAUAUAUACACACACAUAUAUCUAUAUAUACAUACACAAAUACAUACAUUCAUUCUCUCUCUAAAAAUCAAAUUACUUUCAAUCUACGCUUUCAAAAAAGUAAAGCAACUCCUCCACAUUUCGUCCCCAAAAGCAUCCAUCAUCUCCACCUACCUUCCAAAAUCCACCGCCCACCCACUUUUCUCCAUUUCCAUCGCCACCACUUCCACCACCGUCAACCACCGCUAACCGCAAAGCCCUAACCGUCAAAAUCAUCUCGAUUGUUUUUUACCCUUGAAGAUUAAAAAAAAAGAGGGGUUGAAUUCUCCAUUUCUCUGAAACAAUGGCUGGUUUAGAAGAGAAAUUCGAGUUAUCUGAAAACCCCAAAUCCUCCAUCUUCAAUCGGUCCCUAACCAUGCAAUCCACCAGAAAACCCUACCUGUACUCGACCCUCGAACGCACCGGAUCGAUCAAGCAAUUGUACAAUUCGCCGUUCGGAUCGGUCUUCUCUGCUGGGAAUUCAAUCAAGGGAAAGGUAAAAAAGCUCUGCAGCAUAUUCGAAUCCACCAAAUCCCCAACAUCAGUUCUGGACGAAUCGCAAUCGCAAUUACAAUCGCCAACCAAAUUGAAACCCACCAAAUCGAUCGAAACCGAUUCUAGGGUUUCUUCGUUCACGACCAACCCUCUGAUUCGAUUGCCGGGUACUGAAGAUCGAAUUGUCGUCUAUUUCACCAGUUUGAGGGGAAUUCGGAGGACGUACGAGGAUUGCUGUGCUGUGAGGAUGAUAUUGAGGGGAUUUAGGGUUUUCGUCGAUGACCGCGACAUUUCCAUGGAUUCAGCUUACAGGAAAGAGUUGCAGAGUGUUCUGGGCGAAAAGAAUGUUACUUUGCCACAAGUGUUCGUCCGAGGGAAGUACAUUGGAGGUGCUGAUGUGGUCAAACAGCUUCAUGAGGUUGGUGAAUUGGCCAAAAUUCUCGGUGGCCUUCCCAUUCGAGCACUAGGGUUUGUCUGCGAGGGCUGUGGGGAUGCCAGGUUCAUUCCGUGCUCGAAUUGCAGUGGAAGCAGAAAGGUUUAUGACGAAGAUGAAGACCAGCUGAAGAGAUGCCUGGAGUGCAACGAAAACGGGUUGAUCCGGUGUCCAACUUGCUGUUGUUCUUGAGUUUUUUUUAUUCGGUGCGUAUAUCUUCUUGAAUAUCACUAUGAAUGAUGUACAUAUAAGUAUGGUUUGGGUUCUAAACUUUGCAUGGAUUUCAUGGUUUGCCUAAAUUGUUGUGACUCGAGAAGUUAUUUGAUCUUCUCUUUCAACAACAUUAUGACAUAAAACAGUGUGGGUGUGGGUGUGUUUUGCUUGUAAGCGUUAUGCCUCUUAAUUUUCGUGGGAUUGUAAAUUUGCUUCUAUACAUAUAUACAUGUAGAAGUAUCUUAUCAUGAUGAUGGUGUAUUACUUGCCACCCAUGAUUGAUGCAUGUGAUUUGCAACUUGUGGUGGAGCUUAUUAAAUAAUGUAACUCGUAAUACAAUAAGUGACAGUGUAUAUAUUUUUUACUGUCAUACAUUAUUGAGUUGCUCAA